ACUUAGCCACACUGCGGCAGAAUGCUCAACGAAGAGGACACCGAGCUGGAUGACACUCAUCUCUGCAUUAAGUGUGGUAGUACCGUGGAGGGAAUUGAAAAUUACAUCAAGCACCGUAAGGUAAAUUGCGCACAGCCGGCCAAAUCUUCAGGUGGCACCGAUGAAGCGAGUGCUGCUGGAGCGAAUGCCGAUCAGGCAACCGUAGCACUGCGCGUCGAAACGGCAUCAACGACGGAACCGGCACCCUAUGGGACGUUCGACUUUACCGAAACAAUCAAGGAACCGGAGCACCAUAAGAAAGUACCGGGCUAUGACUAUCAUAACUACGAGCUGGAGCCUCAUCAUCAUCAUCAUCACCAUACUGACCCGGAGCAUCAUCGGUCGGAUGGUUCGAAGGCAACCGACUACAAGAACGAGGUGAAUUACGAGUACGAGUUGGGAGCGGAUCUGUUCUUUUCGUCGCUUGAGCUCCAGAGCAGCAGCAAGCAGAAGACAACAACCACCCAACCGGGUGUCAGUACCGGCAGUGGCGGGGUGGUCGGUGGAGGAUGCAGUCCUGCCACAAAGAUAGCGCUGUUGCAGUCUAGACCGAAGACCCGCAAAUUUACCACAUCCCUCGUCACGCCGCUCGAACCGGAUCAGCAGCAGCAGCAGCAACAACAGCAGCAACACCAUCAGCUACCGGACGACUGGCUGGCGACACCGAACGAGUCCGAUAAGCUUAUGAAAGCUGUCAGCGAUAUCAGUGGUCACAAAAAGGUGGAACUGUAUCCGAUAUUCCAUCAGGAAUCUCCAGACCCAUCGGACGACGACAGCGAGGACGAGGAGGACUACAAUGCACCGCCGCGCACCCAUACCGGUGGCAAGUGGAAACCGGAAAACCGUCCAUCACCGAACGUACUGCGCAGUACGUCUCACUGGCGCCACUGGCCACCGGAAUCACCGCUGGACAAGUCCAUCGAGCACGAGGAGGAAGACGAUAGUUUGAAGAGCUUCUCGCCGCCGCCCGGUCACACCAAAGGUAAGUGGGUUCCCGGGUCGAAGAUUACGCGUCUCGAGUACAAACCAAGCCACGAGCCGGUGAAAAGCUACGAGGACAAUUACUGGUGCAGUAUUUGCAACCGCCGGUUGGCCUCCCGGUUUGUGUACGAGCGACAUCUUAAAUCAAAUCUGCACCUUAAACGGGCCCAGGAGGAAUUUGAGCUGGAACGUGCCAUCAAGCCGCCGCUCUACGCUAAUGAACUAUCGAAGCAGUUACGGGACCAACCGUGCACCGAGCGCACUGGCACCGUUGCUCAAGCGGUCGACGAAGUGACCACCGCCAGUCAAUUAACCGAUUCGCUGACAAAGGUGAAACGCAAACGCAAAUGCUACUACACCAAGUGCGUCGUCUGUCAGACGCGUCUGCCGACGCAUCUGCUCGGGAAACACUUGAUAUCCCGUUACCAUUACCGGCGGAUGUUAAAUCACCCGGAGCAGUGCUUUGACGUUGUGCUGAAAAACAUGCACCGCAUCGUGCUGCAGUCCCCGUUCCAGUGUCAGCCGUGCAAGUUUUACGCGAAUAAUGAGGUCUACUUUAUGGAACACUGGCGUUCGCCGGAGCACGAGGCGCGCGUUGCAUCGAGCGGCAAGUUUUGGUGCAGUUUCUGCAAGUUUGAGUGUGAGGGAAACUUUCAAAUGACCGAACAUCUGCUCGGCGCGAGUCACCGUGAGGUGAUCGCCGUCAUCAAUCGCUCGGUACCGAUCAUCAUUCGCAAGAUCACACGCAUCCGGUGCCAUUGCUGCGAGCAAGAGUUUCGAUACAACGCCGAACUUCGCCAGCACCAGCGUCACUGUACGGCGGUGAGCGAGGAAACGAUUGAGGAGGUGCGUGCUAAGGUGCAGAACACCUUCACCUGCGAGCUGUGUAGCGCAACCUUCCCGAACAGGAUACGAUUGCUGCAGCAUGGUCAGAAAUUACACAGGUUGGCAAACUAUUACUGCUCAAUUUGUGAAUGCUCGUUCGAAACGGCACACGACUCGAUGCAGCAUCGUCGCACCUCGAAGCACAAAGUAAUGUCGGCAAGAAAAAAUCGAAAAUCGAGCCUCGCUCCAAAGACAUGCUCGAUUUGUGAAGAAAAAUUGCCGGAUGUAUUGGAGCUAAAGCAACACAUUGCCAGCAACCACCCGGAAGUGAAGUACAGCUGUCCUCAAUGUGGCGAAUGUUUCGUCCUAGCACAAGAACUCGGUAGACACGUACGUGACAAAAAUUGUACAUUUUUCAAUUCCUCCACCGUGCCAGCGUCGCCGUCAACGUCCUCGGCGCUCUUCGUGCCGUACACAGCGCCGGAAGUGCUCACGAUUCCGGCACCGUCCACAUCCACGUCGACACCGACGACGACGACGACGACACAUCAGCUCACUGGUGCACUCCCGGCAAUAGUCCCACAGGCGGAAACUUCACCAUCAUCAGCAACCCGGCCGCAUCUUUCGGGCACAAAUUCAAUUAUCUCAAAUGAUUCAAUUAAAGUAAAUAUGAAUGAUCGUAAACUAGGCAAGGAGACACAUCUGUAUUCUUCCACGGUGGCACCGUUCCGUGAGACAUCAACGGACCGAGAGUCGGGUGCCGAACCCGAAUCGUCCACGGAUGAUGCGGACGGGACGCCGCUGCCGGGCUCAGCUGACGAGCCCAGAAAAGAACUGGCGGCCGCUGUACAAACAGUUGAUAUGAUGGAAAAUUAUUCACCCGCCAACCGUGCCCAACCGUUUACCAACCCAGCGUCAGCGACCACACCAUCCUACCGGAUUAAAUUGGAAUCGUUCAGUUCGGCACUUUCGUCCAGCGCUCCCACGGCACGGCACCGCCAACCGGGCGCACCGGCAUCGACAGUGGUAUCAAACACGGAUUGCGAUAAUAUUGUUGCCGCACGGAGCCCGCAAGCGUCAGCAGAAAUCUUUUUCGCCAUGGCUAAUAAUGCGUCCGAAAAUAAUACUGUUUACGUUGAUGAAAUUGUUGGCACCAUCGGCGAGGACGGUUCGGUCGUUUGCUGGCAGUGUAAAAUAUGCCCAUUCAGAACCUCCUCGCAAGCUGAAUUUCUGUUUCAUGAAAUUUUGCACUCAUCAAAGUUGGAUGACAAAGCAAAGUCAUCCCCAUCGGGGUCGUCCACGCCGGGGAAAGGGCGGUGUCCCAAAAUCACCUGCCCGCUGUGUGGGAAAGCAUUCUCGAAGGCGUCCCUUCGCUGCCAUCUGCGCCAACACACCGACGAGCGUCUGUUUCCGUGUGCCCACUGUCCGAUGGCAUUCACGCGCAAGGCCAAUCUCAAAAAUCACAUUGAUAACAUUCACCAGCAGCAGCGGCGGAAGCGUAAUCGCACGGAGGACGGGAACAAAGGUGAAGGAAACUCGAGUGCGCUGGCCACCGAAACGGCGGGACCAUCCCGUCGGGCUAUCUGUACUAGCUGCGGCAAAUCGUUCGCCAAUCGCUACAUUAUGCAGUAUCACAGCCGUGUCCAUCAUGACCAACGAUCCGUCAAGAAGUUUGCCUGCCAGCACGAAGGUUGCCACUAUGUCGCCCGCUCUGCUGCCGAUGCCCAGCGCCAUUUGCUGUCACACACGACCGAGCGAAACUUUGCCUGCGGUGAUGAAGGCUGUGAUUAUCGGGGGAAAUCUCUUGCCCAGUUGCGUAGGCACGCUCUACGUCACCAUGAAGAGAUGGAGAAGAAACACAAAUGUGACCAGUGUGACUUUGCGACGCGCAUUCUCGGACACCUUCGACGUCAUCGGCUGGUGCACACCGGUAGCAAACCGUACUCCUGUCCGCACUGUGAUUAUACCUGUAAUAACAUUGAAAAUCUUCGAAAGCAUGUGAUUUCAACAUCGAAACAUAAAGGGAAAUUUUUGUACGAAUGUACGCUCUGUCCGAGGGCAGAUGGAGGCACCGCGUAUGGGUUCAAUUUUCAGAAGGAGUACAAAGAACAUUUGCAAAACUAUCAUAAACUGUCGUCGGAUGAGGUGAAGGCUCUGCAACCCAAGUUUAGUUCGGACGGUUUCUAG